AUGUCCUCUUUUGCGUCCUCCAAAUUACCCACCUUUGAAGGUAUUGGUACCCAGCUGAGCAAUUGGACCAAUAUGCUGCGCCAAAUUGAAGCUCUUCUAGUUGACGCGGAGGAGAAGCAACUGACCGAUCGAGCCGUGAACCUGUGGCUCGACGAUCUCCAGGAUCUGGCAUAUGAUUUGGAUGAUUUAGUGGAUGAGUUCGCCACCGAAGCUUUGCGACAGAGUCUCAAGGCAAAGCCGCCCCAAGCUAGUUCCAGCAAGGUAUGGAAUCCCAUUCCUAAUUUCAAGCCAAGAGAUGUUGUGUUUAAUUUCAAAAUGAGGUCCAAGAUUGAGGAGAUCACUACCAGAUUACGCACUAGUUUUGAACAAUGUUCGAAACUUAAUUUGGUUAAGAUUGUUGGAACCACCACACCUACUAAGACUUGGCAAAGACCAGAGUCUACGUCGUUAUUAAAAGAACCUCGCGUUUAUGGAAGAGAAAAGGAUCAAAGAAAGAUAAUUGAGUUGCUUGUAGGUGGGGGUGAAUCAAGUCGUAACAAAGUUGACGUAAUUCCCGUUGUGGGUAUGGGUGGGAUUGGCAAGACCACCCUGGCUCAGAUGGUAUACAACGAUGAAAUCGUGAAGAACCAUUUCGAUCUGAAAGCCUGGGUUUGUGUGUCAGAUGAGUUUGACAUUCUGAAAAUAACAAAAGCAAUUUAUGAUUCAGUCACUUCCCAGACAUGUAGUUCUGAUAACUUGGAUCAAGCUCAAGUUCAACUAAAGCAGGCUUUGGCCGGAAAGAAGUUCUUUAUUGUUUUAGAUGAUGUCUGGAACAAAAAAUACAACGACUGGAAUGAUUUGAACAGCCCUUUCAAGGAUGGAGCUCAAGGAAGUAAAGUUGUGGUGACUACACGUAGCAGAGACGUUGCAAGAAUGAUGGCAACUGUUGAACUUCAUGACGUUGAGAUCCUAUCAGAUGAAGAUUGUUGGUCAUUGUUUGCACAACAUGCCUUUGAGAAUAGAAGUAUUGACGCAAAUCCAAAUUUGGUAUCAAUAGGUAAGAAAAUUGUGGAGAAAUGCAAAGGUUUGCCUUUGGCUGCUAAGACACUCAGUGGCCUUUUACGUUGCAAAGAACGAGAUGAGGAAUGGGUAGAUGUAUUGUGUAGUAAAAUAUGGGAUUUAUCACACGAAGAAAGUGACAUUCUUCCAGCUUUGAGAUUAAGUUACCAUCAUCUCCCUUCGCAUUUGAAGCAGUGUUUUGCAUACUGUUCAAUAAUACCCAACGACUAUGAAUUUGAGGAAGAGGAGAUAGUCUUGUUGUGGAUGGCAGAGGGUUUCAUUAUGCAAAAAAGAGAGAAACAAAUGGAAGAUGUAGGAGCUAGGUCUUUUUUCCAACCAUCAAGUACUAGUAAAGGCUCUAAAUUUGUGAUGCACGACCUCAUCAAUGAUUUGGCUCAUGUAGUUGCAAGAGAUACUUGUUUUAGAUUGGAUGAUAAAUUGAAAGAUCAAGAGCAGUACAAGAAUCUAAAGAAAGCUCGACAUUCAUCUUACAUGCAAGAGAUGCAUGAGGGUAUGAAAAAAUUUGAGAUCUUUGAGAAAGCCAUGCAUUUACGGACCUUCUUACCAUUUGGCUCAAAACAUAGAUGGAAUUGUUAUUUGGCAAGCAAUGCUCCCCUUAAUUUAUUCCCGAAGCUAAGACGAUUGAGGGUGCUCAAUAUGAGUAGAUAUUGCAUCACGGAAGUUCCAAAUUCUGUUGCAGAUUUGAAACAUCUGCGGUAUCUUAACCUAUCCCACACCUCCAUUGAAAAAUUACCUGAAUCACUAGGCUUUCUUUACAAUCUACAAACAUUAAUGUUAAGAGAAUGUGCAAAAUUGAAAAAGUUGCCAACAGACUUGGGAAGCCUAAUUGACCUACGUCAUCUCGAUACUACAAAUGCACAUUCCUUAAAAGAAAUGCCACUGGGAAUAGGUAAGUUGGUUAGUCUUCAAACACUAUCCAAUUUCAUUGUUACUAAAAACAAUGGGGAUCAGUUAAGAGAGUUGGGGAACUUAAUUUAUCUUCGGGGGAAGCUUUGUCUAUCUGGGUUACAGAACGUAGUGGUUCCAUUAGCUGCAAGGGAGGCGAAUUUGAAUGAUAAGAAUGCGUUAGAUGUGUUAUCAAUGGAAUGGAGUGUUAACUCAGAUGAUUCACGAGAUGGAAGAGUUGAAACAGAAGUGCUUGACAUGCUACAACCUCACAAGAAUUUAAAAGAGCUCCAUAUCAAAGGCUACCUUGGUACAGGAUUUUCGACUUGGAUAGGAGAUGCUCUAUUCUCCAAUAUGACUGACAUAAGUUUAGAUAAUUGUGGAAAUUGUGCAUCAUUGCCACCACUCGGACAACUACCCUCCCUUAAAAAGCUUUACAUUACAGGUAUGAGUGCACUAAAGCACGUUGGUUGUGAGUUCUACGGGCAAGGUGGUGUUCAACCUUUUCCGUUACUGGAGAGUCUAAGCUUUGAGAAUAUGCCAGAAUGGGAGGAUUGGUAUACUUUUGGAGAUCACAAAGAAGUUCAACCAUUCACUCGUGUCAAGUCUCUCUCCAUAAUAAAAUGUCCCAAACUUCUUAAAAUGUUGCCUACUGAUCUACCUUGUUUGAAUAAUCUAGAGAUUAGGGACUGCCCCAAACUCUGCGGAAUGAUGCCCAAGGAUCUACCUUGUUUGAAUAAUCUAAACAUUUCAGAGUGCCCGCAAUUCCUAGUUGAAGGUUCCAGCAUUAGCCUUCCGUCACUCACCUCGAUAGCUAUGAAUGACGUUCCUCUAACAAGCCUUGAAGAGGUCCUUAAGAUGAGGAGUAUGGUAGAUAAUGAACUGAUAUCGGCAAAUGCAAAGUCUAAGCAUCCUAGUUCAAUAACUUCCUUGAGCAUUGGGAUGAUUAAGGAACUCGAGCUCUUGCCGAAAUGGGUUACUCAUACUUUGUCAUUUCUCUUUAGUGGAAGCUUCACGAAAUUUGAAGACAUGAAUGCUCUAAAGAGAAAAUGCAAAGUGAGGGAAAAUGAAGAGAAGAAGAUAGGAAGCAUCAGUCAAGGUAGAGGAGGAGAGGCAUGUUUGCAGAUUGGCAAUGGAGGAGAAGGGGGCUAUAUAUUGGCGGAGAAGAUGAGAGAGAUGGAUAUGAAUGAUGUGGACCAUGUGUUGGACAUAGAAGUGGUGCUCCACAACUACUUGCACCUUACCUGCCCAGUUUACCUUGACAUUGUUGACAACUUUUUCGUGGAUAUGUACUCAGAGUUCCUUAUUCCAAAGCCCUCUGUCACCAUUACCAAUUCAUCACGGAAACUCGGCCCUUUGAAGUUCUAG